ACGUGACGUGUCGGUCUCGGACGUGACGUAGAGUGUACGGCGGUGGCCGGUGUGUGUGGAUGAUGGCGGCUCCUCUGGAGGUCCUGCUGAGCAGCGAUUCGGGGUCCCAGCUGUGGAACUGCACCGUGUUCGACCCGCACAGCGGCUCCAGUCUGCUCUCGUACCGCGGCGGGAACAGCGGCGCUCGCAGCCUCACGGUGCUCGGCGGGGAGUACCUGCUGUCCGCGCAGCUCGGCAAGAACUUCAUCAACGUGUGGGAGCUGCAGAGAAAGGAUCAGCUGCAGCAGAAGAUCGUGUGUCCCGGUGUGGUCACUUGUCUUUCUGCUUCACCUAAUGGACUCUUUCUUGCUGCUGGAGUCGCUGAGGCCAUUUACCUGUGGGAGGUGUGCACAGGUAAACUGCUGUCUGUCCUCAGUCGUCACUAUCAGGACGUCACCUGUCUGAAGUUCACUGAUGACAGCAGCCAUUUUGUUUCUGGUGGAAAAGACAACCUGGCUCUGGUGUGGAGUCUGUCAAGUGUUGUCCAACUGGAUGUAAGCCACGCCCCUGAGCCUCGCCACAUCAUGUCUCGUCACUCUCUGCCAAUCACAGACCUGCACUGCGGCCUGAUGGGAGCUCAGGCUCGAGUCGCCACCGCCUCCUUAGACCAGACAGUGAAGGUAUGGGAGCUGUCCUCAGGCGAGCUACUCCUCUCGAUCCUCUUUGAUGUGGAGAUCAUGUCUGUGACCUUUGACCCUGCUGAGUACUUCGUGUUCUGUGGAGGAAGUGAUGGAAAUAUUUUCCAAGUGUCUCUGUGCAGCCAGAGUCUCGGUCGGGAAAAGUCGUUCCAGUCGGAUGGCGAGGGGAAUCAGGUGUUUAAAGGUCACAGGAACAUGGUGACGUGUCUCUCAGUGUCGAUGGACGGGACUCUCCUGCUGUCAGGGUCACACGAUGAAACGGUUAGACUGUGGGACAUUCAGAGCAAACAGAGCAUCCGCUGCCUCACACACAAAGGGCCAGUGACAAACGCCAUCAUCACGCCAGCUCCCGCUAACAUGUUCCUGCCUGACAGUCGGCCCGCCGUCCCUCUGCCACGCUUCAGCCGACACCUGCAUGCCUCCGAGAGCGACGGCGGUGAGCCGGGGGAGGUGUGUGUCCGCCUCAGGCUCCACACACAGGAGGAGGAGGAAACGUACCUGCAGAAAGCCGACACGCUGAACUCGCUGAUGAACGCCGUGACUGACAAGUCGGUGUUUGGUGAUUGCGAGAACACGAAGGUUAGAAUCGCUGAGCUCGAAGAAGAAGUUCAGACUCUGAAAAAAAUGAACAAAGAUUUGUACGACUUCUCCAGCCAGCUGCUCACCAAACCAACAUAAGUGCACUCACACACACAAACACACACUGUGAUGGGUUUUUUGUUUAUUUGUUUUUCUACAAAAUAAAAGUUUUUGGAAAACUU